GCUUCAAGUGUGCAAGUUCAUGCGCACUCGCCAAGAAAUUGCUUCCAACCGUCGAAACUGGUUUUGAGGCAACCCGGCUGAGGUUACAUAAACCUCCUACUCUUCUUCUUUUUCUUCUUGCAUUUAAUCUCCUUGCAGAACAGUCGGAAGGUUUUUAGCUUCAAACAUCUAGGUGCCAGUGUGUGUGCGAUAUAGGUACCAGCAGGUUAAAGUUAGCCAUGAUCGAGAGUCUGGCACCGCUAUAGGGGCCAACAACACAGGCCACCACCAGGCCAUGGCUGAAAGUCUCAUGGGCUGCAGCUGAAGAAAUUACACUCAAGGGGAAUUAAAACUGCCCUGGCCAGGUUUUGAACCUGACCUAUGGUUUAGAUAGUGAGGAACAGAUGACUUGACUGAAUGACCUAGGAAAAGGGAGAAAAAAAAAUGAUGAUGGACAGCUUUCCCAAAAUUCUGAAACAUGUGACAGAUUACCAGCUGUUGGUUUGGGAAACACUGAGACCGGUCAUCCUUGGCGGUCAAGUCUUGGCUUUGACCUACUUCUUCCUGGCGGCCACGAUAGGCGGAAGGCUCAAGCUGCGCAAGAAGUACAUUGACCUGCUGGACCACGUUUUCAAUUUUGCCAGUUUCACCCUGUCCGAGAGUCCCCAGGAGGACGAUGACGAGGAAUUGGCUUCACUGGAGGAGAAUGAUGAAGGGGUCGUCAUAUCAUCAGAAUCACCUUCAGCUGGUUCAGUUUCAGCAACUGGAUCCUUUAGCUUUCAAGAUGCUAUCCCAUACAUUACAGCUGGGAUGAGGGCUGUGGUCCAGGAUUGUGUGCUCACAAGCUUUACGAAGCCUGAGCUUCAUACCUGGAACAUGCUCUCGAGAACUAUCCGUCGAAGGAACCUCAGGCAAAGUCCUUCUCUGAUAGCAUUUUGGCUGGUUGGUUUCAUCAUCAGAUGGGCUAUUCUGAUGCCUGUGAGAGUUUUCCUCUUCGUCAUCAGCCUUCCAACCCUCGUAGUCCUCUGCCUGGCUGUUGGUUUACUUCCUGACUCCAAGAUAAAGAAGAAGAUCAAUGCUCAAGCUGUCAUGUGGUCAUUUGAUUUUGUAGCAGGAUCUCUCUCUGUCGUAGCAAGGUUCCACAAUACUGAAAAUCGGCCAGCUCACGGCAUUGCAGUAGCCAAUCACACAUCCCCAAUUGAUACAAUGGUUUUGUCUACUGACCAGUGCUAUGAUAUGGUAGGGCAAAAAACUAAAGGUAUACUUGGAGUUUUCAUGACAGCCCUGUCCAGAUCAUCCUCCCACAUUUGGUUUGACAGGAAAGAAACCCGGGAGAGAUCAAAGGUUGCUCAGAUGUUGCAGAGUCACGCACAAGACACCACAAAGCCUCCCAUACUAAUUUUCCCUGAGGGUAUCUGUGUGAACAAUACAGCUGUGCUGCAGUUCAAGAAAGGAGCAUUUGAGAUUGACAGUGUAAUCUACCCAAUAGCCAUUCGCUUUGACCGAAGGUAUGGUGACGCAUUUUGGCAAGAAGAUAAUUUUGGUGGGCACAUCUUCAAUAUGAUGACAUCAUGGGCUAUUGUUUGUGAUGUCUGGUAUCUACCACCCAUGCGUAGAGCAGAAAAUGAGAGUGCUGCAGCAUUUGCAAAUAGAGUCAGAGCCCUCAUUGCUCAUCGUGGUGGGUUUGUUGAGUUGGCCUGGGAUGGAUCUAUCAAACUGGCCCAAGGGUCCAUAGAUGGAUGGAAAGAGAAGCAACAGCAACUAAGGCAACGGCAACAGAUUCAAUAUGCAAGAAAUCUAAGCCAAAGUGAUGAUGAAAGUGUAAUUAAAGCAGCAUAAUAAGAGCGUAUGUUAUAUUUCUUUUCAUUCAGUGUUUUAUAGAAUUUGUGUAAAUUGUUAGUCUAAAUGUAAUUAUAUGAACUGUGUUCUCUAUUCAAAUAUUUGUCUUGUAUCUUAUUUAUGAAUUUUGUUGCUUUAUAAUCCUUACAUAGAAAUCCAAAUCAGGUGAUGCUCUGGCUUUAUAAUCCUUACUUAGAAAUCCAGAUCAGAUGAUAAUUAUCAGAAUAGGACAAGGCAAUGUCCUUUACAUAUGAAAUAUAUUUUGAAUGGUAAAUCUGUUAUCUUUUCUAUGCACCCAAAAAUUACCACUAUCUGAUGUAGGAAACACUUUUGUAUCUGGUCCUAAUGUAAUUGAUGUUUCAUUAUAUACAGUACGUACUUUAUAAUUAAUGAAAACUUAUUCCGACAAUAAUAAAUAAUUGUAUUGUAGAAGAUUC